AUGGACGACCCAACCUCGACUCCGGCGCAGCCACAGAAGCGCCCUCGCGUGCCCGAGGAAAAUCGCAAACGUGCCGUUCGAGCAUGCGAUGGCUGUCGCCGGGUGAAAGAGAAAUGCGAAGGUGGUGUGCCGUGUCGCCGGUGUCUGCGCUAUCGCCGCCAGUGCAUUUUUACCCAUAUCGAUCAGCAAGAGAAGAGUCGAUCGUCGUCUGUGUCCCUGCUUGACCGAGCCGCUACUCUCAAUCGACAUGAAAUAGCUGAAACGGAACGGGUUCGCCUUAUGGAAGGCAUUCUCGCGCACUAUGUCCCGAACAUCACGUUCGAUAUUCAGUCUUUGCGUCAGGCGGCGAAGGAUCUCCAGAGCAAACACCGCGACUCUGAGUCGGAUGUUCGCUCCACUAGAGAAGAGACCCAUGAAAUGGAGGACCUGGCUCUUGACGAGGAAGAUUUCACCAUCAAGGCACUCCCGGACAACACAACCCAGUACUCCGGGGAGUUCUCUUACCUGAAUUUCUCCAUGAAGAUUCGGAAGAAGAUCGACGAGUGGAUGAAAAUGGCGGCGCCAGAGGCUUCCGCCGAAGUAGAGCCAUUCGAGGAACGAUGGCGAGUCACACAACUUCAGUCUGGAUCGUCCUUGGCAUCGGCAUCGAUUAAUUGUCUGCCCCCGCGAUAUGUGGCCGAUUUUCUCGUCCAGAUAUUCUUCAAGUAUGCGCAGACCAACAAUUUCUACGUGGAAGAGGACUGGUUACGCGAGAAGCUUGCUGUGUGCUACACUAAUCCCUCCAGUCUGUCAUCUGAUGACGCGGGCGCAGUAUGCUCUAUCCUGAUGGUAUUGGCCGUUGGCACGCAAUUCGCCCACAUGGAAUCGCCCACACCGGUGAAUUGCUUGCCAUCGGAUUCUGCCGCUGCCGAGGACCAGCACUUUUCAGAGGACGAGGUCGGAUUGACCUUCUAUCAAUUCGCCUCGAAACUGCUGCCAGAGAUCAUUACCACGGCGUCGGUUCGGAGCGUCCAAGCCUGUCUGCUGAUUGGGACGUAUCUACUCCCGCUUGAUACAUCCGGGCUGUGUUAUACUUAUUUCGGUUUGGCACUCAAGCUUGCCAUCCAGAAUGGUAUGCAUCGAAGGUAUCAUGGCGAGGGGCUAUCGCCGCGGAUGGUGGAAGUGCGCAAUCGGGUGUUCUGGACUGCCUAUACCAUUGAGAAACGCAUAAGUAUACUUCACGGCAGACCGGCAUCGUUGGCAGAUUCCAAUGUCGAUGCUCCACUCCCAGUCGACUUCCCCGAGCUGAUGCCCGCUACGCAAAUAUCUAACCAUACCAACAUGGUGACUCUGAUUACAUUGACCUUGAAGCUCGGGGAAGUUUCAAAUGAAAUCACGUCAUUGCGAACAAGCCCGAAAGGUCAGCAGCAGGACUGUCUGGAGCGACUGCUGAACCUCAGAAAGCACCUGGUUGAGUGGUGGUCCACAUUGCCUGAGGAAACGACUUGUCGUGAUUUGAAUCCUGGAGGCCCAUUAUUCCGAUCCAACGUGCACUUGAAGCUCGACUAUUGCCUGACCCGGAUAUUCAUUGGACGACCGUUUCUUUUCAGCAACAUCAAGGGCUUGCAUCAAACGCCUUCUUUUACCCUCUCCAAUAAGGGCCCAUCCGGCGUCUCUAAAAACCGAGCAACGUUGGUCACAGACUGCGUCGAAGCAGCUCUAGAAAUUAUCGAUUUGUGCCGCCUACUCCGCGACGAGACGGGUCUUGCUCGUGCCUCAUUCACCGAAUUCAGCUCGUGCCGCGCAGCCCUCCUGGUCAUCCUGGCCCAGGGACUGACGAAACGCACUGAGCGACUCGGCGCUGCUCUCGACCAGGGCAUUUCCCUUAUCAAGAUUAUGUCCAUGGGCGUUGGGUCGGCACGGUCAGCAGUCAGCGUAAUCGAAGCCCUCGAGCGGGCGAUACGCCGGCUUGAACUCUGGAGCGAAAGUCAACAGGCCCAAAGUAAUGGCGGCUUUAUGGAGUCCGCCUACGACCGUUUCAAGAACUGGGAGAUGCUGUGGAAGACCGGUCCAGUGUCUCCGUCGACAAUGGCGUGGAAGCACUCGGAACAGUAUACUGCCAGCGAUCCACCUGCCCAGCAGGAGUUGAACCCCCAUGCCCCAGCUGUUGCGUCUGGCUCCGGCGCCAUUAUCCCUGGUAUAGCCAUCACGCCCCCGACAGCUGCCCUGGGCAGCACCAACGGAUCCGGGCCUGUCCCUGAUGGCCCUGAUCAGGAGGUUUUCCCAAGUGAUGGGUCCGGCACUGGGCUGUCAGCCUCGGAAAAUUUCUCUAUCUCUCAGGAGUCGCUCUCGCAAAUGCCGCAUUUUGGAUUCGACCACUUCGUCUCGAACUUCCCUCAGGAACUCGGCGAGUUCACGGCCAUUCCGUGUUUUGAACCAGAUGCCCAGGCCCACUCGUCUGGCCUGGUUGGUGCUGAGCUAAAGACUCCUGGUGACGGCGCUGAUCCGCAUUGGUUGCAGUUUAUGACUAAUUGA